CACAUGUAAGAAUCACGAAUGCUCUCGAGUGUUAGGACGUCAACCGGUCCAUUCUUCAUUUUGGCUAUUUUACCAAAUUAAUGAUGCAAAUGAUUAUCUAUCCCUUGCGAGGGAUCUAGUCCAGGGGAUCUAGUCCAAAGAUCUAGUUCAGGAGUUCUGAAGACUAGGUUAAUUAAUCAAGUUCAGGAGACUAGGCCUGGGAGAAAUUUGGCAUGAUGUAAUGAGCAAUAAAGAAACAAGCUGAAUACCAGGAAUUUUCUUCAAUACCCCUAAAAAUGGAAUUCAGCACUUCAACUACCUCCCAGUGGGAAGACCUCACCUGGCCUCAUCAGUAGUAAGACCCAUACUCACAAGGAAUAUCAUGGAAUAGCAGGUAGGACAGGCCUACCCUAUUUUCCAGGCAGCGUAAACGUCAGUCUUCAUACCCACCGUGUCAACUAUGACAGUACCAUUCUCCGACCUGUGUCUCCAGGCAAGAAGACUGACAACAGUGCAUAUGUACAAUAGUAUUAUUCUUCUCGUAUCUUAAUGUCGUGGCGGGGAAAAUCCGCCCGUGACAUUUGGUGGCAGCUGUGUUGGAUCUGUAGCCCAGUGCUAUUGAUCCAGACCCACUGUGCCUAUAUAUAUUAUGUAGGUCACUUAUAAUGUUUUGUCGUAUUGUGUGCAUUUCAUUAUACAAUAUUGUUGAUUUUUGUCUGACUAAGGUCAUGACUUAGUUACAUGCAUAUUCAUUAUUUCUGUAGGGAGAUGUAUGUAUGGCCUUGUCUCUUGAUGUAGUUUACAUUUUAUUAUUUAAUUAUAUAUGUGUUUGAAAUAUUGUAACAAUGGCGACUGGUACUGAUGAAUCAUAUAUUGAUCUAAUUCAAUUAGAACAAGAAACACAACAAACAUUACAGACAGUUAAGAGCUUCACUCAAUCCUACCAGGACGUUUGGUCUCAAGUGGGAGACUUAUCAAGUCAAAUCAAGGACUUGGACCAGAAGUUGGUUGACAUACAGGGUACAAUACAACACUUAACACCCAACCGUAAUAACACUCAACCCCCCAUAAUGUCUACACCACAUACGUCUCACAUUCCAGGUAAUCCAUUCUCAUGUGACAACCUCAGUACCAUAACAGGAACCCCACAAUACGUACCCCCAAUACCACCUUGUACAAAUACUAAGUACCCACCACAAAACACAACUACUAUCACAAGUACAGUACCCUUAAUACCCAUAAAUGUCUCAUCAACACCACCUAACCCUGCAGUGGUAAUACAACCUCCUACACACCAUCUACAUAUACCUAAUCCAUCAUCAGGUAACUCUUGUCAAAACCUUCAUACCAGUCAGUCAAACCCAUUCAUUUUGCAGCAAGGUCAACAGACUGUAAUAACCAAUCCUUUCUUUGGACCACAGCCUACUUAUCCCUUUACUAAUACCAAUCCAUUCUUUUAUUCAAUAAAUACUCCAGUAGCAAUUCCUCAGAGUGUACCAGUGUUAAAGCCGAAAGAUGUAGCCCUCCUCAAACUUUCUGAACUCAAGGGAGUUCUUGCUGACAACAGACUUAAUACUUUUUUUAGACAAGUAGAGUCAUGCACUAGCUCAGAUGACAGGAGAAUAGAAGUGGCAAUGGCACGGGCCGAACCGGAUAUAGCUACGUUCUUGACAGCAGCGUUAGUAAAACAGGGUAAUAAUCUACCUUGGGAUGAGAUUAAGAAACUUAUGAAGAAGCAGUUUAUUGGCUCAGCCACUCUGUUACAGGCAUGGCAAGAGAUUACUGCCAUGACUUACUAUUUUGAUGAACCUCCUAGUUCCUUUAUUAAUAAAUUACAGUGUAAAAUCUCAGCUUUAACUUUGAAAUUCCCCAAUGAUCCAAUUCCAACAUCAGAUAAAUUCCUUAAGACAAAGGUUUAUAAGGGAUUGAAUUCACAGGCCCAAGCCAAACUAGUUGAUUUCUUAGCAGACCAUAUUCCGUUGGAAAAUUUCAUGACAUGGGCCGAAGAAGAAUAUUAUAGGGCUCAAGGAAUGAAUGGGAAUAGAGUCUUGCCAAUUUCAGGCACUGGGAACCCUCAGUCAUCAACCCCAGUAACAGGUGUUCAACAGGGGGAAAUACAAAGAAGUGAGCUAGAUAAUUUAAGAAAGAAGCUUGAAGAGUUAAAUAAAAAAACUGGAGAAAGUAACAUACAGAACAAAAGAGUAAUAGUAAAUAUUGUGCCUUUGCAGAGUGACUGA